AUGAACGGCAUGAAACGAUCAUGGGAGGACAUGGACACCGCCGCUGUCAUGGACUCCUUUGCAGCAACGUUUGGAAAUCAUAAUCACAAUCAUAACCACAACCACAACCGGGAACAUGACCACGACCACGGCAGCGUCACCAUCACCACAGAUGGCACCAGACUCGAUGACAAGGCGUCGGCCGCUUCGCGCCAAAAGAGCUGCAACGCUUGUGUGAGGGGCAAGAGACGCUGUGACAAGCGCACGCCUCAGUGUAGCCGGUGCUUGGCCAAGGGUUUGGGCUGCGUCUACCAGAAAUUGCCUCCAGGCGCAUCCGCGGCCUGCAAUAAUGAGCAGUCAUCAUCGUCCACCGGAGCCUCCGCGGCCAACCUCACCUCCUCGUCUUCCUCCGCCACAGAGUCCGCAAGACCGCUGGGCUCGAUAAACGGCUCGUGCCCUGCCUCCGCGGCCGCAGGGAGCGCUGCUGGAGCUGGAGGGGUUCACACCGUCUCUUCUUCUGCCGCGAGCACUGCGUCCUGUGUCUCUGACGUGCCCGAUUUUGACAUGGGCUUUGACAUUGACACCUUGGGUACAGAUACUAGCCCCGAGAGCCUUCAAGCUGACGUUGGUGUGCCGCUGGGAAGUUCUGGCAAUGGCGAUGGCUCUGGCGGACUAGACUUUUCCAUUGUCGACUUGAUGGCUCAGACUGCCGGCACCGAACACGAUAUUUGGAAUCUGCAUCCGUUUGCCGACGCGGCGACGACAACGGAUAAGUUGCAUAUUCCGCCCGUGCCUGCUGGUCUUUCUGCCAUGGCACCGUCGUCUCUGCACAAUCAGCAGCAGCAACAGCAACUGCAGCCUGUUCGUGACGUAUCACUCAUCAAGGACCUCGACGCCGCCUGCAUGGAGAUUGACCCUUUGUCUGUCCAUGACCCGAGCUCUCGAAUUGGCCAUACCGUGGGCUUUUUGACCAGCAUGCACAGCACCUUUUCACAAACGAGAGCGCUGCCCUUUAUGCACCCUCGUCUCUGGGCUGGCCAAUUACCCAAGGCUAUCCUUGCGGCGUUUUCAGCAUCAUCUGCCUACGCGGCGCGCAGCCCGUCUAACAAGGGAUGGACUGUUCGUCUGCUGGUUGAUGCGGGUCGAGAGAUUCACCGUGAGGGUGAGCGUGCCAUUACCAAUGAGGAUAAGUUGUCUCGCGUCCAAGCUCUGUUAAUUCUCAACUCCAUGAGAAUAUUCGAUGGUGAUUUGGGGUUGAGGGCCGCCGCAGAAAGAGAGGUGCCAGUCAUGAUGUCGUGGCUGAGGGAGCUCUCUAGCAUGAGGGACAACUUGGAAAUGGAAGAGGGUUUGCGCGGACCGAAUGGAUUUGUUCGGGACAAGAUACCAAAGACGUGGGAGAGUUGGGUAUUCUUGGAGAGCGCUCGCCGCACGAUAUUGACGUCGUACGCCAUCACAUGCCUCAGCUGCAUGCUCAAGUCGGAAACUCCUGAUGAUGAAAUGUGGUGUGAUGAGAACGUAUUCACCGCCUCACGCCACCUCUGGGACGCAACCAACUCGGUUGAAUUCUACCGCUCGUGGCGUGAGAAGCCACAAUUUGUCAUCCAGAAUAUGGUGUUUAAGGACUUUUGGAUGUACGCCCGGCCGGACGACUGCGAUGAUUUUACGAAACUUAUGCUUACAUCGCAAGUCGGUGUUGAUGCAAUGCAGCAUUUUAUGAACGGAGAUAUCGCGAUACCAGUGAAUCCAGGGCGGGCACCCUGA